GCGGGAAUUCGUCGGUUGCUCUUCUUAUCUUCCCGCCAAACUCCACAGUGCGACUCAAAGCAACGGCGCGAAGUUCCAUCAAUUCUUACAGAGAGGCGAAUCAAAGAUCUGAAUCAGGUUGUCAGUUUUUCGGCCGGCGGAAAUGGACACUUUCGGUGGCGGAUUCUUCGUCGACGAGAAAGCAGUUCGAGUCGAGAACAUUUUCUUGGAAUUCCUCAAGAGCUUUAGAUUGGAUCAGAAUUCGAGAGAGCCCUUUUAUGAAUCGGAGAUAGAAGCAAUGAAGCCCAAUGAAUCCAACACCAUGUUCAUCGACUUCUCUCACGUCAUGCGCUUCAAUGAUGUCCUCCAAAAGGCCAUUUCUGAGGAAUAUCUCAGGUUUGAACCGUUUCUGAAGAAUGCUUGUAAGAGAUUUGUAAUGGAACAGAAGCCAACAUUCAUUACAGAUGAUAACCCUAAUAAGGACAUCAAUGUUGCCUUCUACAAUCUCCCUUUAAUAAAGAGAUUGAGGGAUUUGACUACUGCUGAAAUUGGGAAACUGGUUGCUGUGACCGGAGUGGUCACUCGAACCAGUGAGGUUCGACCGGAGUUACUCCAGGGGACAUUCAAGUGCUUGGAAUGCGCAACGGUCAUCAAGAAUGUUGAACAGCAGUUCAAGUACACUGAGCCCAUAAUCUGCAUGAAUGCAAUGUGUUCAAAGAAAUCAAGUUUUGUGUUGCUUCGACAAGAGAGCAAAUUUGCAGAUUGGCAGAGAGUUAGGAUGCAAGAAACUUCCAAAGAGAUACCUGCUGGCUCAAUUCCCAGAUCAUUAGAUGUCAUUCUACGCCAUGACAUUGUGGAAAUGGCCAGGGCUGGCGACACGGUUGUUUUCACUGGCACCGUGGUUGUGAUACCAGACAUAAUGGCAUUGGCCUCUCCAGGGGAGAGAGCUGAAAGCCGUCGAGAUUCUUCUAAGAAUGCCACUGGUGGGCAAGAAGGUGUCAGGGGUCUUCGAGCAUUGGGAGUGAGAGAUCUCUCCUACCGCCUUGCCUUUAUUGCCAAUUCGGUACAGGUAUGUGAUGGCAGAAGGGAAACUGACAUUAGAAAUAGAAAGGAUACUGAUGAAGAUGACAACCAGCAGUUCACGGCGGAAGAGCUAGAAGAAGUCCAACGAAUGAGGAAUACUCCUGACUUUUUCAAUAAGCUAGUAGACAGCCUUGCACCAACUAUUUUUGGUCACCAAGAUAUCAAGCGAGCCAUUCUGCUUAUGCUUUUGGGUGGAGUUCAUAAGUUCACUCAUGAAGGCAUCAACUUGAGAGGGGACAUUAAUGUCUGUAUCGUCGGGGAUCCCAGCUGUGCUAAAUCUCAGUUCCUCAAGUAUGCUACAAGUCUAGUUUCGAGAUCUGUCUACACAUCUGGAAAAUCCACCUCUGCUGCUGGGUUAACUGCAACAGUGGCAAAAGAACCAGAAACUGGGGAGUUCUGUAUUGAGGCUGGCGCACUAAUGCUUGCUGACAAUGGCAUAUGUUGUAUUGAUGAAUUUGAUAAGAUGGACAUCAGAGAUCAGGUUGCAAUUCAUGAAGCAAUGGAACAGCAGACUAUUAGCAUCACAAAAGCAGGAAUACAAGCGACGCUGAAUGCUCGAACUUCAAUUUUAGCUGCAGCCAAUCCCACUGGGGGGCGCUAUGAUAAGUCUAAACCACUAAAGUACAAUGUGGCUCUUCCUCCUGCUAUCCUUUCAAGGUUUGAUCUGGUAUAUGUUAUGAUCGAUGACCCAGAUGACAAUACGGAUUACCACAUUGCACACCACAUUGUGAGAGUUCAUCAAAAGCGUGAAGAUGCUCUUGCUCCUACUUUCAGUACUGCACAAUUGAAGCGUUACAUUGCAUAUGCAAAGACUCUGAAACCAAAGCUAACCUCAGAAGCCAGAAAACUGUUGGUGGAUUCUUACGUUUCCCUUCGCAGAGGUGAUACUACUCCUGGGAGUAGAGUUGCUUACCGCAUGACAGUUAGGCAACUGGAGGCAUUGAUCAGGCUCUCAGAGGCCAUUGCUCGAAGUCAUCUGGAAGUUCAGGUGCACCCACGCCAUGUACGCAUUGCCGUGAGACUGUUAAAAACAUCUAUAAUCAGUGUGGAGUCCAGUGAGAUAGAUCUAUCUGAGUUUCAAGAAGUGAAUCGCAACAGUGGUGAUGGUGGUGAUGAUGGAAACAAUGAAUCUGGUCAAGCUGAGGCUCAGCCAAGUGGUGCUGCCUCGGACCCAGCUUCUGGGGAUGCAGACUAUCAUCUUGCAGAAAAUGGAGAAGGGCCUACAAACCGACAAGGAAAGAAACUUGUGAUAAGUGAUGAAUAUUUCCAGAGGGUAACUCAAGCCCUUGUCAUGCGAAUUAGACAACAUGAAGAAACUUUAAUGCAAGAAGGGACUGGGCUGGCUGGAAUGAGGCAGAGGGAUUUGAUACAGUGGUACGUGGCUCAGCAGAAUGAGAAAAACACCUACAGUUCCAUGGAGGAGGCAGCAGCUGAGGUUUCAAAAAUAAAAGCUAUUAUAGAGAGCUUGAUACGAAGGGAAGGCCAUCUGAUUGUCGUGGAUGAUGGUAGGCAAGCAGCAGCAGAGGGUGAAAAUGCAAUGCAGACUUCAUCAUCAUCCAGAAAUGACAGGAUUUUAGCUGUGGCGCCUAAUUAUGUCAUAGAUUGAUUUGGUAAUGCUUCUAACCAGAAAACCCAAAUCCUCAUCCUUGGCUUAAAGUCUCACUGCGAGCUCAAUAUAAUUUCAAACAGAAGCUGUUUUAUUAGUGUUUAGUGCGUACAGCUUCGUUUUUCAGUGUUGUAGAUCAUGACAACUGGUUCGAUGACCUACUUAGAAAGAGGCAGACUUUGGAACGCAAAUUGGUAUAAUUUAUGAUUGUAAAAUUUCUAUGUGGUGCUUUUAUAAAUUCCAUUUUGCACAUUAUUGUUUCAUUGUAAAUUAAUCCCCAUUAUAAGUUUAAAUUGGUCAAAGAAGUUUAUUUGGUACAAA